UUUGAGCGCUCCUGAGUUACUCCGAAGUACUCCGGCUUCAGUUUGACCAUUCGGUUUUAAGCGUUUGAGUGCAAAACGCAUGGAGUAUGACAGGUCACUGACAGGCACAUAAUCUGACCGGUGUGAAGUGUUCUUAGGAGCACCCGAAAGCGGCUCCAGCAGCAGUCCAAGUCAAUGACGUUGGCAUGGUGAAACAUAUUAUGCCAUUGAAACAAAAACAUUUUUUUUUUAAUACCUAUUCGUAUAAUCAUUUCGUCGCCAGUCAAAAAUAAAAAAAAUCAACAUCAAAGUUCUCACAAAAUAUAUACGAUAAGGGUAAUCGAAAAAAGAUGGAACUCAAAAGAACGUCGAAGAUGAUGCAAUCCAAAUUAGUUUACCCGCCCCUACCAGAACAUCCGACCGUAUGGGAAAAAUUUAAACUGAAAAUGGAAGGCCUGAUCCAGGUCAACGAAACCCAUCCCAAUACCAUCGAAUACUUCAAAAGCGAAAUAUCAAUUCUAAGAGAGAAAAAGCGCCACUGCAAAAAUUUUAAAUUUACCAUUCAUCCAUUGAGUAAAUUCAACGAAUUCUAUGAGGUAUGGUGCUUCUUUUUUUAUGGACUUCUGUUGAUCUUCAAAACAUUUGAUUUUGGUUUUAUCAGAAUAUCUUUUGAGGGUCCUUUUGAAUAUAUACCUGGAUUUGUUAUUAUGUCUAUUGUUCUGGAUGUUUUAUCCCUUAUGAAUAUUUGCUUGCAAUUUUUGGUUGGUUAUACUGUUCCAGAAAAUCGAACCAUUGAGUUAUCUCUAAAACAAAUUAUGUUGAAAUAUUUGUCCAGUGGUCAUUUUUAUUGUGACAUAUUUUCAUCGAUACCUCGUGUAAUUGGUUGGGAUUGUAACGUUUACAUUUAUCUUAUUCUGCUAACGUUAAGUCUUUUAAAACUGUACAGAAUCAGAACUUUCAUUACGCUCAUUAAGCCCACAGCAAUGUUUUUUGGAAUCAGAUCAAGUACCAAUAUAUUUCUACUUGGCUUUUUUUGUAUUGUCAUCCUCAUAAUGCAUAUUAUGACUUGUUUUCAAUUGGGAAUUGCUAGAUAUAGAAUGGCUAUUACAAAAAAAUUCUCAGACAAAUCCUACGCAAGUUAUUAUUUGAUUCAGUUACCUCUCGAGGAGCAAUACAUAGUCACUUUCUUCAGGAGCGCUGAAUAUAUUUUUCUUAUUAAUAUACCUCAUUUAAGAACAUCUCUUGAACCAGAAGAAGUACUUCUUGAACUUGUGAGCUAUAUUGUGGGAAAAAUUUUGUUUGCAGCUGUAUGGAUUAUAACGCUUUAUACCUUCAUGGCUAAAAGAGCACUAAGGGUGAGAUUUGAAGAAAUAAUGACCGAACUUAAAGAAUAUAUAAAGGCCAAACAACUACCUGAUGGUCUAAAAACACGCCUUCUGAAAUACUAUACCUAUAAAUACCAAAAAGUAUUUUUCAAUGAACAAUUAAUUGUCAGCAUACUUUCGGAUACUUUAAAAAAGGAAACUGAUGUAUUUCUUUGCAAGUCCUUGCUCAAACAACAAAAAAUAUUCGCCACUGUACCAGCAAAAACUAUUGUCCAAGUUAUGAGCUACUUAGUUCCUCAAAUUUACUUACCAAAUGACUUGGUGAUCCAAUCAGGCACCGUCGGAGAUUGCAUGUAUUUCAUCGGCAGCGGCACCGUGGCUGUCGUUUCUCCAUCUGGAAAAGAGUUAUGUCAUCUAUUUGAUGGGGAUUUUUUCGGCGAGGCUGCCCUGAUAAUCAAGGAGCAGAAAAGAUUUACCAAUAUUAUUGCGAUUGAGGCUUCAAAAAUUUACAUGUUGCACAAAACGCACUUCGAGAAACUUUUCAAAAAGACCGACGAGGUUUAUAAAAUUUUUUUGGAGACGGCCAAGGAAAGGCUUGAAGAGACGAGAGCCACGGAGGUGGAGUAUAAGAAGAAAUUGUUUGAUCAAGCCCAUAAGAAAGAUUAGCAGCUCCAGCCUGCAUCAUGUACACGGGUUUUUUGAAAAAGAGCUUGUCAUCGUUUUAAUAGUUAACUAGGUAGUUAGUGCAUAGUAUUUUUUUAAGUAGAUGUAACUUAGUUUUCGAUAACUGUAUUUCAUAAUUUUCAGAAAUUCUUUACAGGAUAUAAUAUUUUUACUAAAUAAUGAAUCACCUAGGCAGUAGAUUAAUUUAUUUUAUGAAAGUUGCAUUUCUCUUUGUAAAAGAACACCGAUUUAUAUUGUUGUUAUUGUACUCUGGAAUGUUUUAAUUUGGUUAUUGUGUCAUUAAAAUGUUUAACG